AUGCAUAGAAUAUAUUUAUCAUUAUCGAUUUUUUUAUUUACAUUGUCAAUUAUUCAAUGUGAUAUAACAAAUCUUGAUGAAUUUUUUCAUGUACUUAAACAGAAUUCAUCAAAAGAGUAUCCAGUUGGAUUUCUAUCACAAGCUAAUUUUGAUGUUGUCAAAAGAUAUCUACCAAAAAACAUUAAAAAUGCAUUUUUUCAUGAUAAAAACGAAAUGUUAAAAGCUAUUGAGAAUGAAAAAAUUAUUGCCGGUGUUACAACAGGUACAUCCGCUCAAGACACAGACUCACGUUUUCAUGUAUUUUCAUCGUUAUUGGUUUCACCACAAGCAAUGCUUGUUGCACCUGAUUAUGACCGUAUAUUAGCACCAUAUGGAUUGCAAAACACGUCAAGUAAUGAUUUAUUUGAUGCACUUAAUGCUGCUAUAGCUGAUGUACAAAGAGAAGAUACAGAUGAAACAUUACUCACGAAUAAUAAUAUAACGAAUUUAGUUCGAGUUUAUACAUGCCGUCAAGAAAUACAAUUACCCGUUCCUAAUCGUGAUGAUACAACGGGUUAUUUACGUGAUAUAUUAUUUAAUACAACAAAUAUUGUAAUUGGUGGUGUAGGACCAAAGGAUUGGGGUGUACAUGAUGGAAAUUAUAAACUACCGUCACCUACUGGUUUUUAUCCUCAAUUACUUGAAGCUAUUGUUGAAAAACUUGGUAAAUUAAAAGGACCAGAUGGAAUUGUUUAUAAUGAAAAAUUAACUUUUCAACGAAAAUUUUAUAAUACUUCAGAAUUGCUUUUUCAAGCUUUACUUAAUGGAGAUAUUCAUGCAACUGAUAUUUAUAUACUUAUUGAUGCACCGUAUAAUGGUACAGGUGAAGAAUGUUCAAAUAAUAGUCAAUGUCGAGCACGUGAAACGUGUGCCGACGGUAUUUGUACUCAUCCACCACGACCAAGAUCCCUUCACUUUCGUACAACAUGUACAACUGCUAGUCGUGAUACGAAAUUUAUUACAAAACAAAAUAGUAGUUUUCUAAGGGGAGACACAUCGUCAAAUAAUCAAGCUAAUGAUUCUCGUCAAACACCAAAAACACGUUGGAUUGGUUUUAUUUUAUUGUUUGUUGCGCUUUUUGGGACUAUAUUUCUUGGAUUAAUUAUACUUAUGCGUCGAAAAAAACAUUAUCGUGUUGAACGUACAAUACAAGGGGGUUUUGGUAAGUUUGCUCGUCUUCAAGAAGAAUCUGAACCACCUAUUGAAGGUAUGGAUGCAUUUGAUGACCAUGUUGUACAAUCACCCAGAGAGAAUAUCAAUUCAACAAGUUAA